AUGGCACUCGAACUUCUCCCCGUCACGGAAGCAGACACCGCGCGCAUCCACGAGAUCAUAUUCGAAGCUUUCGAAUCCGACCCUCUCCACAUCCUCAUGUUUCCCCGAGAACACGCAUCCAACUACAAGGAGUACAUGCACGAAUCCCUGCGCUCCAAAUUACGCGACCCGACCACCACGUCCCUGAAAGUCGUCGACAAGACUUUAACCGGCGACGCAUCCAUCAUCGGCUACGCGCGGUGGAAAUUCCCAAUUGAUCAGGACCAGUCCCAACAACAAACGCCAACAUCACAGGAAAACCAAACCAGCGAAGAAGAAAAGCCGAAAUCACCAAACGUGCCAUUCCCCGCGCACGCAAACAAGCAACUAAUGGACUUCUUCGGAAGUCAGAUCACGAAACUGCGCGGACAAUUCGUCGAUCCGUCGCGCGAUUUCGUGCUGGAUUUCCUGGCGACGGAUCCAAAGCAUCAAGGCCGCGGCGUGGGCAAGGUGAUGCUGAAAUAUGGGCUUGAUGAGCUGGAUCGGCGUGGGAACGAGGCCAAGGCGUAUUUGGAGUCGACGGCGGCGGGGAUGCCGGUUUAUAAGAAGAUUGGGUUUGCGCCGUUGGGGUCGAUUGAUAUUCCGUUGGCGGAGUUUGGGAUCGAGGAUGGUGGUGUGUAUUCGUCGAUUGUGAUGGGGAGGGAUGCGCAGAAAGUAGAGUAG